AUGGAAAUUCCCGAAAUUUCUGGAUUAAAUUUUCACCCAACUGACGAUGAACUCCUCACCUAUUACUUGAAGUUGAGGAUUCUCGACUACUUCCAGGAUCCAACUUUAUCGUUGACCAGUUAUACGAUUCCUGACAUUGAGCUUUACAGCAUGCAUCCUAAAGAACUGCCCCGGCAAUUCAAGAGGCUGACAAAGGUAAAGUCUAAUGGAAGGGAAUGGGUCUUCUUUUGCCUUCGCAAAGAGCAGUAUCGCAACAGUAGUCGUUCUGAGAGAACCGUUCCAACAUCGGCUACUGAAAAAUGCCCUUCGUUGUUUGCCGCUUGCAUAACAAAGGCGUCAAUUGCGACGAAUCAACUUCUUUUAUCUGAAGAAGAAAUAUGGCAAUCGCUCCCCAAAAUUCAGCGACUGCCUCACAAUUUAUCGAACUAUGAUAACUUCAUCGGCAGGGCCGAAGAAGACGUUUACAUUGAUGAAUCCGGUUCAUCUUUGGGCCGGUACUACACUGGCGGUGGCGAUGGCUCCACCAAUUGUUACUAUCCAUCCAAUGAUGAAACAAACUAUUAUCCACCAUACCAUGGUAUAUGGGGCUCACACAACUAUUAG